AUGCCUAGAAGAUUUAAAGGUUUUGCUCAGAAAAGUUUGGAAUAUAUUGGAAAAUAUAAGAAAUUAGAUAAUGAUCCUUAUAUAUUGUCAAAAAAUGUUAAAAUAUUAUUAAAUAAAGGAAAUAUUAUAGAUGCUGUUAUAAGAGUACGUAAUCAUACUCGAAAUGUUUUUUGUACAGUUGCAUGGAAUCAUAUUAUUGAUUAUUGCAUGAAUUCUGGCAAAGUCUCUCUUGGUUUAAAGUAUUUUAAUGAAAUGAAGAAAAGAGCACAUUUUCCGAAUGCACAGACAUUUACUAUUUUGUUGCAUGGGUUUUCUAAGAAUAUACAAUAUCCUAAGAGUGCUUCUUAUGCUUUAUAUAUUUAUAAAUCAUUGUGUUCAUCUAAGUAUGUUGAUCGUUUGAGUAUUAUUCAUACCAAUGCAAUACUUCAAGUAUGUGCUCUUUCUAAACAACCUCAAAUUGCGUUUGAAAUUUUUCAAGGGAUUUCUGAUAACAACCUUGCUGCAGAUAAUAUAACAUAUACUAUUUUAUUUAAUAUUCUGAGUUAUAAAGAUAUGAAAAAUAUAGACAUAUAUGAUUUAAGGAAGAAAAUGAUAAAACAAAUUAUUAAGUCAUGGAAGAUGAGGUGUUUUACUGUGGAUGAGUCCUUAGUAUGUUCAAUAGCUCGUUCUUUUCUUCGUGGAAAAAAUCUUGAAGAUUAUGAUUUUGUUUUUACAUUAAUGGAGUUUUUUUUUGGUAUAAAAAGAUUGGAACCACCUUUGAAAAGGAACAAGAAUAUGUUUUUAGAUAAUAUUGAUUUAUCUCAAUCUUUAUCGUUUUUUAACAAUAUUAAAAUUGGUAAUAAAAGUUUAAAUAUUAUAUUGUUAACAUGUUUUCUUUUGAAGAAAGAAUAUUUGGGAAUAAAGUAUUGGGAUUUCAUAAUUAAUAAUUAUGAUUUUUUUCCUGAUAAUAAUAAUUGUUAUAAUUAUUUUCGGCUAUUUUUACGUACUAAACUAAAAAGUAAUAUUGACAAAGAGAUUCAAGAUACAAUACAAAGAUAUAAUAAUUUAAAUCUUGAUUCAGUAUUGUUUUAUAUGAAAGCUUGUAGUAAAAACAAGACUUUUCAUGAUUAUAUUAUAGCGAAAAUUAUAUUAAGAAUUUCGUUACAAUUUAAAAUAAAAAUAAAAAUAGAUAUAGUUGAUUUAUUUAUAGAAAUAGCUACACAUAUUGGUUCUAAAAGUGUUAUUUUAGACUUAUUUGAUAUAUUACGGCAACUUGAUUUUGAAUCAUUAACUUCUUUAACUUAUAUAAAAGAUAAAUGUAAAAGACAGGAUAUAAUUUUAGCUGGGAAUCGUAUACGUUGUAAUAUUAUUAAAUAUUCUAAAUAUUUUAGUGAAAAUGAACAUAAAUAUGUUCAGAUGUUGGAAGAAAAAAUUAGAAAAAUGCAAUCUUCAUAA